AUGGAAAUGGGUUCGCAAACCACAUUCAUGGUUGAUUCGGAAUGUAGAGACACAACCCCCCUAAUGCAACUUCAAAAUUCAAAUGUGAAUCCAAUAGAUCAACUACUUGAUGCCGUACUGGACAAUAAACUUGAUGAAAUUCAGGCAAUCAUCGCCAAAUUAUCAAGAGAUCAAAUCCUACAGUCGAGCCUACAGUUCAGAUAUAAACCCAGAAAUGAACAUGAAAAAUUCAUCAAUAACAAAACCAUUAUGGUCAUAGCAUGUAUCACAGAAACAGUUAACGAGGAAACCCUGGGCAAAUUAUUAGGUUCAAUAAAAUCGAUCCGAUUCAUAGAUACCAAGUUGUUCGGUUGGGAACCAAUCCACCAUUUGGCCGAAAUUGCUAAUCCCAAAAAACUGAAAGUCAUGUUAGAUCUAAUGGACUGUGUAAAUGCACUCACAUAUUUUUCAGAAAACGCUCUACAUGUUUUGCUCCAAUACGGAAAAUCAAGGUCUACAAUCGAUAUACAGCUAUAUCGCAAUAGCAACUCCUCCGAUGCCAAAAGAUGCACCAUAAUCGACACAGAAAAAGAUAAUAUAGCUGAAUGCGCUAAACUCCUUAUAGACAAAGGUGUUGAUAUAAACCAAGCUAAUAUUUGGAAUGAAACACCAAUUUACCUUGCUAUAGGAAACGUAUAUCCAAAGGUGAUUCAAGAGUUAUUGAAAGUGAACAACAUCAAUUUGGAGAAUCAUAUAGGUGCGAUAACUGUAAAGGAAUAUUUGAGAAGGAACGACAUGCUCCCUAACUCAACUUACUAUGCCCACGAAAGUACUGUCAGCCGUUUAUUUGCUUGCUUGAAAUCUGGCAAUGAAGAUUGGUUUUUGCAAUACAACAACGGGAACAUCAGAGAUUAUGUAAAUGAUGUGGAAGGUAAAGAUGGCGGAACCAUGCUGCAAAUGUGUUUGACGAAAGGGUUUUUUGAGUACCUAACGGACGAGUGUUACAACAAUGAAUUGAUCAAGGUUGACAUCAGAGAUAGUCCAAUGCUGAAGAUUUUCAAUUCGAAAGGACUGAAAAGAUACAUAGAACAUUUACUGGAUAAUGAUGCAGAUAUCUUCAAAACAACUGAAAAAUUCGAUACGCCCGUCCUAGAAUACGCUGCAGUAAGAGGAUAUUACCCAUUUGUUGCUAUCUUGCUGCAACAUAAAAAUUCCAAAAUUGGUUAUGACGAAAUUUUCACAACUUUAUCAACAUUGUUUUCUGGAGAAUUGAACUUGAAGAACCAUGAGCACUAUGAAAAAUGUGUUUUGUAUCUACUACUGAACAAAUUAAUAGCCAUCGUAUCUUAUAAAUACCAAACAGAAAAGAGCAAGUCCCAAUCGGAACAGAAUUCCAGCAAUUCCCAAUCAGAGAUUUAUAAGGAAACAAGAAAGAAAGUGGCCAUUCUUAAUAAGAUUUUAUGUAAAUUAAAUCUAGAAUCGAAGGAUAAUAAUGUUGAUGAUUCUGAAAUAAUCUGCCAGUUACUACAUUUAGGUGCAUCAUUAACUGAAAGAGUUGAUAAGAGCACAGUAAUAGAAAAAAUACAUCCAAAUAUUUUAAGGUCACAUAUCAAUGGUUGUAUACAGAAUAAUGAGUUUAACUAUAAAAGUAUAGUUCAAGAUGAUAAUAUUGUAUACUCUGAAACAAAAGCAAUACAUUCUCUGGCUAAAAUUGAAGGAAAAAAGGACAUAUUAGCUCACCCACUCUUUAUUUAUUUUCUUCACGAAAAAUGGUCAAGAGUUUCGCUGAUCUUUUAUCUAGAUUUGGCAUUUUAUUCUUUGUUCCUAGUGAGCAUAUAUUUCUACAUGAUAUGUAUAGGGGAAGGUAUAGCUUCUCCUUUCAUCAAUUUCAUGUCUUAUCUAUUUUACAUCUUAGUCAUCUUCCAUUUCCUAAAAGAAGCUUUCCAAUUGUUUUUCCUUUUUUAUUUGAAGUACUUUCACGACCCAUCAAAUUUCUUCGAAUUAUUUUUGAUAGGAAGUUGUAUUUUAACUAUAUUCUAUCCUAAUAUUUAUAGCAGGGUAAUAGCAAUUCUCAUUGGAACUAUUAUUUUCUCUGUAAUGUGGGGUCAACUACCAGGAUUCACAAAAUACACCAUCAUUUUUGGGUCCUCCAAGUAUUUUCUCGAGUAUGUCGUUUUUUAUUUCGUGCAAUUCAUUGCUUUUGCAAUUUGCUUCUAUAUAUUAUUCCCCUUCAAGACCGAAAAUAACGAUGAAAACUCAUCUCUAAGUAAUUCAACGAGUAAUUCCACAAGUAAUUCCACCGACUUAAAGACUACGGAACAGAUAAUGGGUGAUCUAAUGAAAAAUUUGUUCUUCACCAUCGUUCACUUUACUGGCGAAUUCAGUGAACGAGUUUUGGAACCUAGAGAGUACCCCUUCUUCGGGCGAGUUAUCACGAUAGUUUUUAUUUUUUGUAUUACUAUUAUACUGAACAAUCUUUUAGUAGGUUUGAUAGUAGCAGACAUGGACGACAUACAAAAAAGUGGAAGACUCUAUAAGCAAGUUAAAAUGGCAAAUUUUAUUGAGCGGAGCAAUACUUUUAUCGAACGCAUACAUGAUUGGAAAUCCUUCAGGUGUAUCGAGAGAAUUAUUGAUCAUAUCAAUAUCUUCAAGAAGAAUAAAAAGAAAAUUCUCUACCUGAACGAAAUUAAUUCAGCUAAACUUUUUGAUGACAAUAAUAAACAACUUUUGAUAGAAAUUAAGAACCAAUAUGCCUUUGAUAGACAUGUUUUGAAAGAUGUUUACGAUCUCAUUUUAAAGUAA